CUUGUUGUAAUCAUCGUUCAUCUUUGCCUUUUUCAUCAGAGCUCUCGGUGAGAACUUGAAGCCAAAAAGCUAUAAAAGCUGUGAAACAAAAGUACAAAACACAACCCCUCUUAUCUUUUUGUUGUAGAGAGAGACCUUGAUGCUGAAUUGAUCACAGGGGAAAGUUGGGUUUUGGAGGUCUUUGAUCAAGUCUUGUUAGUUUGAUCUCUUUCCGCAUGGAGAACCAGAACGGAGAUAAGAAGGUUGAUGGAGCUCUGGAGGGGUUUGCUCCUGUCUCUUCCACUAGAAUUGAUUGGAAACCCAGAAAGAGAUCAGCUGGCGGGAGGACUAUAGAGAAGGUAACAGAGGACACUGCUAACAAUGCUCCCAACAAACAGGAAGAGCACACCGAGCCCGAUGAGGAUAUGCUUCAGGACUCAACUGCAGCUCCUGAGCUGUCAGAGCGUCGAAAGGCUCUGUUUGAACCCUUAGAACCUACGAUGAAUAGCAAUGGGAAACGGCCAUCAGCUGAGUCCUUACUUCCUCCUCCUGACUUUGAUUCCUCGAGCUAUCCCAAAGGGUGGCUGAUUGGAAAAAAGCGAAAGCUGGUUAAUGUUGAUGUGGUUGAGAAAAUGAGGCGGAUUGCCAUUCAGGAAAUGAACAGAAAGGAUAGGGAAAUUGAUGGGCUAAACGAGCAAUUGGAGGAGGAUGUAAGGUGCCUAGAACACUUGCAACUGCAGCUCCUGCAAGAACGAAGCAAACGUGGAGAAGUAGAAAGAGAGAAUGCAAUGCUGCAAGACCAGGUUACCAUGCUUAUGGACAUGUUGCAGGAAGAUGGCAAUGUGGGUGAUGACGAAGGCCCUGCUGAACCUUGAUUGUCUAUUUUGUUGUGCUUGUUUCUUUAUUCUUUAAUUUGUACAUUUUCUCCGAGACAGUAGGUGCGUAACACAUGCAUAUAUAUACUGGUGUGGUCUGCUAGUGCUAGUCAAUUGUCUUGAAUUUACAUACAAAAUCUGGUACUCGCAAGAAUACACAGUCGUCAAAUGUUAUAGAUCUAUAUAUAUCUUGAAUUGGUUUUCUUAGAACAGAAUUUACAGUCGUCAAAUGUUAUAGAUCUAUAUAUAUCUUGAAUUGGUUUUCUUAGAACAGAAUUUACAGCGAGUUGCUAUCUUG